UUUUUGGCCAUUCAUCCCACCUUGUGAUUAUGGCCAAAGGCAAGGGUAAAGGCUCCUCUGGAGCGAACAACACCAUCCCUGAUGGGGGUGUUGCUGUCAACAAUACCAACGCUGGCGCUGACGCGCUUCCUCAGUUGGAGGAGAGUGCGUUUGCCGGCUUGCGACAGAAGAUCGAACAGCGCCUGAAGGAUCAGAACAACGCCAAGCAGAAGUCGAAGAACGGCAAGGGAAAGCCCGCUGCGCCCGCUGAUACUCCCAAGAAGAACCAGGAGGUCGCACCGAAAUUUGAGCCCAAGCAGGCGGCUGGCAGCGACAGGAACAACAAGGGCAAGAAGCGGGAUCGCAAUGGGGAUGUGAUUGCCGGUGAGGAGAAGAAGGAUCUCGGAAAGGGAAAGUCGAAGAACAAGGAGGACAGUGAUGAUGUUUUGCGGCAGGAGAUCCUGGCCCUUGGGGGUACGGAGGAGGAUCUGGACUUGUUGGCCGGUGUCGACUCUGAGUCUGAGGUCGAGGAUGCCACGGAAAAGAAAUCAAAGAGCAAGUCUGAGGAAGAUUCCUUGAGGAAGGAACUUGCCAGCAUGCUUGCCGCCGCAGGACAGGUCGUUCCGGACGAUAUUGCAGACGAUGAAGUAGAAGAAGAGGAAGAAGAGGAGGAUGUCGCCGAAGAGAGCGGCGACAAUGAUGAGGAUGAUGAAGAUGAGAUUGGUGAAAUCGAGGAUGAUGCUGAGGAUGAUGAGCUAGAAGAGGACGAGGAAGAGGUUUCCGAGGAUGAACCUCCAACCCCAGCGCCGAAGGAGGACAAGAAGGCGGCCAAGCAGGCUGCUCCCGAGAACAUCUUUCCCAAGGAGUUUGCCAAAUUGACCAUUCCUCCCAGAUCCGACUGGUACAUGACCGAACUUCCCGCCAUCGCGAGGAAGGAAGCGCAACCGGUUGCCCGCCAUUUGAUCGACCGAUUCUACAACUACGCGGUUUCGCUCCUCGAAAAGGAGGCUAAGGAGUACGCCGAUGCGCAGCAGGCUUCCGCUUCCUCCUCGCACAAAUUCUACGCCACCAUCAUGUCCACCGGUACGCUCAGCGAUAAGAUUUCCGCCCUGACGCUCGCCGUACAAGAAUCGCCCAUACACAACACUAAGGCUCUGGAGAACCUAAUUACCCUAGGAAAGAAGCGCAGUCGUGCUCAGGCGGUUGAAGUUCUUCGGUCUCUCAAGGACAUGUUCGCCCAGGGAACUCUUCUUCCCAGCGAUCGCAGGCUCCGCGCCUUUGCCAACCAGCCGUCGCUCGUGGCUGCAUUGCAAGGUGUGAACAACCGGUGGUCGGAAGGAGACGCUCUGCCAAAUGGUCUCCAGAACAGCCAUCUGAUUGUCUGGGCUUACGAGCAUUUCCUUAAAGAUCAAUACUUUGAGGUCCUGAAGAUCCUCGAAGUCUGGUGCAAUGACGAGAUCGAUUUCUCUCGCUCCCGCGCUGUCAGCUACGUCUACGAACUGUUGAAGGAGAAGCCUGAGCAGGAGACUAACCUUUUGCGUUUACUGGUGAACAAGCUUGGUGAUACUUCUAAGAAGAUUGCCUCGCGGGCCUCUUACCUCCUCUUGCAACUUGAACAGGCACAUCCCUUGAUGAAGCCCACGAUCAUCUCUGCCGUUGAGGAAGUUCUCUUCCGUCCUGGUCAAAGCCAACACGCCAAGUACUAUGCCAUCAUCUCGCUGAACCAGACGGUCCUCAGUCUCAAGGAAGAGAAGGUUGCGGAGAAAUUGCUCGACAUCUAUUUCGCUAUCUUCGUGUCUUUGCUGAAGCCCGCCAAGGAGCAGAAGGGCAAGGAGCAGAAGGGCAAGAGGAAUGGUAAAUUCGGCAACAAGGGCAAGGGCAAAGGCAAGGAUGACGAUGCCAAAGGUCAGGCGCAGACUGAAGAAACGCAGGACAAAUUGACGUCUGCAGUCUUGACUGGUGUGAACCGAGCUUACCCCUUUACCAGCUCCGACAGCGAACGUCUGUCCAAGCAUAUCGGCACACUCUUCCGGAUCACACACUCGUCUAACUUCAACACCAGUAUCCAGGCUCUCAUGUUGAUUCAGCAAUUGACAGCCUCCCACCAGGUCGGUGCGGACCGCUUCUACCGAACUCUGUACGAGUCUUUGCUGGAUCCCCGACUGGCAACCUCCUCCAAGCAAUCGCUGUACCUCAACCUCCUGUUCAAGUCUCUGAAGAAUGACUUGAACACCCGUCGUGUCAAGGCCUUUGUCAAGCGUCUCCUCCAGAUUCUCGGGCUGCACCAGCCCGCAUUCAUCUGCGGUGUCUUCUACCUGAUACGCGAGCUGGAGAAAACGUUCCCUGACCUCCGGUCCUUGUUCGAUCAACCCGAGCUGAAUGAGGACGACGAGGAGGAAGUGUUCCGCGACGUCCCCGAUGAGGACGAUGAGCCUCAAGAGCAACCCGAAGAGACCAAACCCGAGAAGCCGUCGACGCGUUACGAUCCCCGGAAACGAGACCCCGAGCACAGCAACGCUGACCGGACGUGUCUCUGGGAGCUUCUGCCCUACCUGUCUCACUUCCACCCAUCCGUUUCGGUCAACGCGGCUCACCUCCUCGAUCACCAGGUGAUGAGCGGACAGCCCGACUUGACGAUUCACACCCUCACCCAUUUCCUGGACCGCUUCGUCUACCGUACUCCCAAGGCGGCGGCGGUCACUCGCGGAGCCUCGAUCAUGCAGCCUCUUGCCGGCAGCGAUGCCAAGGACCGUCUGGUCGCGGCGGUCAAGACUGGACAGCAGCUGCCGCUCAAUUCGGAAGCCUUCUGGAAGAAGAAGGCGGAGGAUGUGGCGGCGGAGGACGUCUUCUUCCACGAGUACUUUAACCGGGUCGGCAAGGGUCAGGAGAAGGACAAGGCCCGCAAGAAGAAGGCCGGCAAGGAUGCGGCUGACGAGGGCGAGGACGAGGAGGCCAGCGACGCCGAGUCGGAGAUCUGGAAGGCGCUGGUGGACUCCCGGCCCGAGCUGGAAGCCGGUGGUAGCGACGACGACCUGGAUCUGGACGACCUGGAAUCUGCCUACGACCAGAGCGAUGACGAGGAUGCCGGCGGCGACUCUGAGGUGGAGAUCAACCUCGACUCUGACGACGAGAUGGAGGACGUCGACGAGGCAGCCCCGGAGCCAGCCAAGAAGACGAAGAAGGCCAAGGCGGAGGAGCCCUCGGACGACGAGGAUGCAUUCGACAUGGACGUCUCGGACGAGGAGGCAUUCAUCGACAGCGACGAAGAGUUGCCGUCGGACGUGGAGCUCGACGCUCACCUGCCGACCGCGUCCAAGGACGAGAAGGAGCAGGAGAAGGAGAGCGGGCGCAAGAAGCGGCGCAAGCUCAAGCACCUGCCCACCUUUGCGUCGAUGGAGGAUUAUGCGGCCCUGCUGGCCGGGGAAGACGAGGGGAUGUGAUUUCCACUAUGUUGAG